AGAGAGGAGAGGAGAGCGGAGCGCACAGCGCAGCGCAGCGCACGGCUCGGCGCGCAGCAGCAGCAGCAGCAGCCCCACGCGAUGCCGCGCGCGCACCCCAAACACGGACAAAGUUUGUGAGUCCGCCCGCCGCCGACAUGGAGUACUGGAGGCAGUGCGCGAUGUGGCUGAUCGGCUGCAAGGUGCUGCCGGAGAACCACCGGGUGACCGCGGCCACGGCGCAGGUGUUCGACCUGGCGCAGACCCUGCGGGACGGGGUGCUGCUGUGCCAGCUGCUCAACAACCUGAGAGCGCGCACCAUCAACCUGAAGGAGAUCAACCUCAGGCCCCAAAUGUCACAGUUCCUGUGUUUGAAGAACAUUCGGCUUUUCCUGACGUCCUGCUGUGAAGUGUUCGGUUUGAAGAAAAGUGACUUAUUCGAUGCCUUCGAUCUCUUCGAUGUGCGAGACUUUGGCAAGGUUAUGGACACUCUAUCCAAGCUCUCAUACACAACAGCUGCUCAGCAAGCAGGAUUCAAGCCAUUCCCAACCGAGGAGAGCCUGAAAGACGAAGACGUGUACAACAAUCUGCAGGACUUGAUUGACGAGAGCGUCCUCGAGGAUGAAGGCGACUUGUACGCCGCCGUGUACGGCCUGGAAGAAGACUACGCCGGUGGGGAGAUCUACGAAGACCUCAUGAGGACCGAGCAGCUGCCCCCACUGAAGCAGGCGGAGGUGGACGUCCGAAGCUGCUGCCUUACAGAAAUCAAACAGACGGAGGAGAAAUACACGGAGACCCUGGAGUCUAUCGAGAAGUAUUUCAUGAAUCCACUGAAGAGAUUCUUCACCGCAUCAGAAAUGUACAACGUUUUUGUCAACAUACCGGACCUGGUCAAAGUUCACAAGAGCCUGAUGGUGGAGGUGCGGGACUCCAUCCUCAACAAAAAUGCCUUAAAUCUCUACCAGAUUUUCAUCAGCUACAAAGAGAGGCUGCUCAUUUAUGGGAUCUACUGCAGCCGGGUGGAAAUCGCCAUCGCCGUUUUAGACCUCAUCUGCAAAGAGAAAGAGGAUGUCCGUCUGAAGCUGGAGGAGUGCUCCAAAAGGGCCAACAAUGGGAAGUUCACACUGAGGGACCUGCUGGUGGUCCCGAUGCAGCGAGUCCUGAAGUACCACCUCCUUCUGCAGGAGCUCGUCAAACACACUCAUGAUGCCGCUGACAAGAGUAACUUGAAGAUCGCUCUGGAUGCCAUGAAGGACUUGGCUCAGUAUGUCAACGAGGUGAAGAGAGAUAAUGAGACUCUGAGGGAGAUCGACCAGUACCAGAGGUCUAUCGAGAACCUGAAUCAGCCUCUGAUGGUCUUCGGCCGGCCGAAGGGAGACGGCGAGGUGCGCAUGAUCUCCAGCUUUGACAAGAGGAAGCAAGACAGACACAUCUUUUUGUUUGACGUCGCCGUCAUUGUUUGCAAAAGACGAGGAGACAACUAUGAGAUGAAGGAGAUACUGGACCUCAACUACUUCAAGAUCACCAAUAACCCCACUUCUGACCGGGAGAUGAAAAAGUGGUGCUAUGGCUUCUACGUGACGCACCAGCAGGGACACAGCGGCUUUGAACUCUUCUUCAAGACCAGGGAGCUGAAGAAGAAGUGGCUGGAUCAGUUUGAAAUGGCCAUAUCAAAUAUCAGACCAGAGAAGUCAAACCACAACUCCCACCAGUUCAAGAUGCACACCUUCGAGAGGAUCACCUCCUGCAGCUUCUGCCACCUCCUGCUGAGGGGCAUCUUUAACCAGGGCUAUCUCUGUCUGAAAUGUGGCUUGGGAGCUCAUAAGGAGUGUCUGGGUCGACUGGGAGUCUGUGGGAGAACAGAUGCUGUCAAGCCGCGACCCAAGGACGGCACAACACCACCAGACCCAGGUUUACCCAGGAUGGUUGUGAUCAGAGACUACAGUGGCAUCCCCUGUCCCCCGCACGGGCCCCCACUAAGCAUUCAUGCGGGGGAUGUCAUUGAACUGAUGUUUGCCGACCUGCACAGCUCCUGGUGGCAGGGCAAAAUCCUGGCGACGGGCAAGAUUGGCUUCUUUCCAAGUGACGCUGUGAGGCCUUGCCCGUGUGUCCCAAAACCUGUCGAUUACUCCGGUCAGCCCUGGUUUGCAGGGCCGAUGGAGAGGUACCAGGCGGAGGUGGAGCUCCUGGACCGAGGGAACAGCACUUAUCUGGUUCGACACAGGAGUAAAGAAUGUACCGAAUACGCCAUCAGCAUCAAGUUCAACGAUAAAGUCAAGCACAUUAAGAUUCUGACCAAGGAUGGGGGCUUUUACAUCGCUGAGACUCGCCUCUUCAAGACCGUGCUGGACUUGGUGGAGUACUACAAGCAGCACUCUCUGAAGGAGGGUUUCAGCAGUCUUGACACCACUCUGCAGGUCCCCUAUAGGGAACUGUCCAAUGGAAACAUGCCCAAGGCCAUUACCAAGGUUGGCAGUGUCUUCUCUCCCAGAGUCGUGGGGAACGCGGUGGCACGAUACAACUUCUGCUCCAGAGAUACGCAGGAGCUCUCUCUGCUGCAAGGAGACGUUAUCAAGAUCUACACCAAGAUGCCGAACGGCUGGUGGAAGGGGGAGAUCGACGGUCGGGUGGGCUGGUUUCCCUCGACCUACGUGGAGGAGGAGGAGGACUGACGUCACCUCCUGGGUAAAGUCAACUCAGCCUCCGUCCAGAGCUGCCCACCUCCAGUGAGCGCCAUGCCGCUCUGCCCCUGUCUGCGCCCUGAGCCAGAUCUGGUUGAUAAGAGGCGUAAGGUGGAGCCAGCGGUGCCCUCCAAACCCUCCUCCUGCCCUCUGACAGGCUCUGACACAGAGGACAUGUCAAAUCACAGAUUCCAGGAGCGUGGUGCCAUAUCUCGCCUCUCUGCGGCCCUUUCUGCCCCCGCGGCCCGCCGGCAAGAACAUGUGCUGUGCCCAGAUAACCCCCCGCUUCCUCCCUCCUCUCACCUUCCCUCAUAAUUGAUGACUCCAUCGGCCGGCGCGAGACUUGCCUUCACUGUCAUCCCGUUUCGAUAGC